AUGGCCGAAUGUUGUUCAUCAUCAUCGUCAUCGUCGUCGUCGUCUUCUUUGAAGCUCGUGUACUUUGUCGUGGUCCCAUUGAUUCUUUUGUCUGGGCUUGUAAUUGCUAUGAACCAGAAGAUUAAUGGCGGUGGCCGCAGCUAUGAAAUUCCAUGGCCGUCUUUCAUGUCGCCCGCCGGAGCUUCAAUGCAAACUUACGAUCAUUUUCCGGUCAUGGUGAAUGAAGAGAACGACACACAACCCGCAAAAUCUCCCGAAAAAGCUACUGAUUUCGAUGGCUUGGAGAUGGCCGAGGCUAGCCUAGCUCGAGCCCGAGCCGCCAUACAUGAAGCUCAACACAACAAUGAAACAUCCUUCGACCCGGAUUAUGUCCCGGAAGGUCCAUUUUACCGUAAUCCAAUCUCAUUUCACAAGAGCUAUUUGGAGAUGGAGAAAAAUUUUAGGAUUUACGUGUAUGAAGACGGUGAUCCACCGUUAUUCCACUAUAGCAAGAGUCUCGGGAUUCUUGGGAUUGAGGGGAUUCUCAUACAUCAAAUUGAGAUCAGCAAGUUUCGAACAAGAGAUCCUGAAAAAGCGCACGUUUACUUUAUUCCGUUGAGCGUGCAGUCUAUCGCCACGUACGCGUACGUGAUCCAUAACCGAGCUUGGAGUCCAUUGCAAGACAUAGCCAGAGAUUAUGUGAGGCUGAUUUCGUCUAAGUACCCUUAUUGGAAUCGAACACUCGGGCACGACCAUUUCAUACUCGGUUGCCAUGAUUGGACUCCGACAGUUUCCCACGGCGUUCCGCACCUUUUCAAGAACUCGAUAAGGGUCCUAUGCAACGCCAACACUUCUGAAGGGUUCAAACCCUCGACCGACGUGUCUUUGCCAGAGAUAUACCUUCCGGACGGCAAAAUGGACGGCUUGAUCGGCGGGCCACCUCCAACCGAACGCACGAUUCUCGUCUUCUACGCAGGAGGCAUACACGGCUAUAUAAGGCAAGUUUUGAUGGAGCAAUGGGAAAACAAAGACCCAGACGUGAAAGUCCACGAGUACCUCCCAAAAGGCACGUCGUAUUACGGAAUGUUCCGGAAGAGCAAAUACUGCAUUUGCCCUAGCGGUUGGGAAGUGGCGAGCCCGCGAAUGGUCGAGGCGCUUUACAUGGGGUGCGUGCCGGUUUUGCUCAAGGCCCAUUACGCGAAGCCGUUCGAUGAUGUGUUGGAUUGGAGCAAGUUCUCGGUCGAUGUUGGUGUGGAGGAAAUUCCCGAUUUGAAGAAGAUUUUGACGGGUAUAACAAACGGGAGGUACUUGGAGAUGCAAGAGAUGGGGAUUAAGGUGAGGAGACAUUUCGAGGUUAAUUUCCCUCCGAAAAGGUACGAUGUUUUCCACAUGGUGAUGCAUUCCUUGUGGCUCAGGAGAAUCAACGUUCAACUUCACGAUACACGUGAGAACUGA